AUGAAGAACUACGUCAUCCUAGAGAAGCUUUGCGAAGGAGCGUACGGUGCCGUCUACAAGGCGCAGUGCAAGGCCACCAACGAGGUCGUCGCUAUAAAGAAGAUUCGCGUCGAAGACGGAGACGAAGGGAUUCCGGCCACAACUAUACGAGAGGUGGCCCUCCUCCGGGAGUUGAAGCAUGAGAACAUAGUACGUCUCAUAGAAGUCCUCAUGCCACCGUCGAAGGCUGUGCACUUGGUCUUCGAGUACAUGACCAUGGACCUGAGGGCGCUUUUGGAUUCUCAUGCCAAGAAAAGGCCCUUGGAUGAUGCCGUUGUUAAGAAGUACCUCGGUCAGAUUGUUGCAGCCAUUCUAUUUUGUCAUAAAAGAAGAUUUCUGCGCCGCGACUUCAAGCCAGCCAACGUGCUUGUCGACGGAAACGGCGACCUGAAGGUGGCCGACUUCGGCUUUUCCCGGGCCUUUACGCCACCAGUGCGCAGUUUCACCAGCAAGGUGGGCACCCUCUGGUACCGUGCGCCGGAGAUGCUUUUGGGUGCCAGUAGUUACUCGACACCGGUGGACGUGUGGAGUAUCGGGUGUAUCUUCUUCGAGCUGCUGACCGGCAAAACGCUCUUCCGCGGGGAUUCGGAGAUCGACCAGCUUUUCCGAAUUUUCCGCGUCCUUGGUACACCGACAAUACAGAGCUGGCCCAAAGUUAUGCAACUGAAAAACUACAAGUCGACGUUUCCCAUGUGGAGAGAAAACGUCGUGGCAACGCUCCUUUCUGGGAUCGACUGCGAGGCUGUAGAUCUGCUUCUAAAGAUGCUUAUCUACAGCCCUGGCAAGAGGAUCUCGGCCAGUGCCACAGCACACCCCUAUCUGGCCGGAUCGAGAAAUAUAGAGCAGGCGGCACACUCCACCGAGAAAGAAGGGCAAUGA